AUGGCCACCCUCGGCGUCGCCAAAAAGUACACAACCCUCGCGCCGACCGUGCGCACGCUCGCCUCGGGCGUUCCCGCCGCCUCCGGCAUCUCCUUCCGCCAUGUCUCCUCGGGCGACCACGGCCAUGACGGCGCGCGUCACAGCGCACCAUCCCCUUUUGCCGUCCGCUUCUCGGCUGGCUCGAAGAAGUCCUUCGUUACUCCUCUGCCCACUGGUGCGCACCAGCAUCGCUUGAUGCACACCUCAGUUGCCCGCCGCGACGCACCGAACGUUCCCGACUUUUCGCACUAUAAGUCCAAGGACGAAUCGAGCAACCGCGCCUUGUCAUACCUCAUGAUCGGCUCUAUGGGUGUUCUCUCCGCCUCGGCCGCAAAGUCGACGGUGACGGAGUUCCUGGCGACCAUGUCCGCCUCCGCGGACGUUCUCGCGCUCGCCAAGGUCGAGGUCGAUCUGAGCACCAUUGCCGAAGGCUCGAACGUCAUCAUCAAGUGGCGCGGAAAGCCCGUGUUCAUCCGUCACCGUACCCAGUCGGAGAUCGACGAGGCCCGCUCGGUCGACUGGAAGUCCCUGCGUGACCCCGAGUCUGACGAGUCGCGCGCAAAGCAGCCAGAGUGGCUUGUCAUGCUGGGCGUUUGCACCCAUCUGGGUUGUGUGCCCAUUGGCGAGUCGGGCGACUACGGAGGCUGGUUCUGCCCUUGCCACGGUUCUCACUACGAUAUCUCUGGUCGCGCACGUAAGGGCCCCGCCCCGCUCAACCUCGAGAUCCCGGAGUACGAGAUCAACGACGCCGAGGGCAAGCUCAUUAUCGGUUGA